AUGCGCCGCUCCAAUUUAUUCUUGCUGGCCACUGUCCAGCUUGUUGGAGCUCGUUCACCGGGCUUCAGCAUCCACGAGGACUUGUUGACGUACCCUCAGUUCGAAGUAGUUUUUGAUAGUCAAUACAUUUCCGAAAAAGAUGCACAUUUGUUGCUCGAUAGCCAACAUCCUACUUACUCUGCCGACUUUGCGCAAUCAACACUUGAUCAAGCUCGGGAAGCUGACGAGCGCGACAAUGAAAGCGACAACCAGGGCCAAAAUGGUCCGUCGCAUACAUACGAACUUAUGAAACUCCCUCCCCACGAAUACCUCUGCUCUAUCCCUAUUAUACAACCCCCCGAACCCGAGAACAAGACAGCAAAUGAGCUGGCCAAGGCCGAAGAAGCACGAGAGCUUACUCGCGCGACAGCAAGCGGAUGGGAACUUCUCUCACAACUUGAAGAUUCUUGUCUGUACUUUAUGUCAGGAUGGUGGAGCUACAGUUUCUGCAACAACCGCGAGAUCGUCCAGUUCCACGCCCUCCCAUCUAUACCAAAUGGCCAGCCUCCCAAGCGCGACCCCAACACCAUGGACUUUACGCUUGGCAAGGUCCCCGCGAUUCCCGCCAACGCUGCGCACCAGGCAAAGUUGAACGGUAUCGAGAACCCACCACCAGCGGAGCUGCAGGUCAAGGGAGAUCAACGAUAUCUGGUACAGAGACUAGAAGGUGGAACGAUCUGCGAUUUGACCGGCAGGGAACGGACAAUCGAGGUCCAGUAUCAUUGUGUGCCUGGUAUGAAGACUGAUAGGAUCGGAUGGAUCAAGGAGGUCACGAUCUGUGCUUAUCUCAUGGUGGUAAACACACCACGUCUCUGCAACGACGUUGCUUUCUUGCCUCCUGAGGAGACUAGAGCGAACCCCAUUUCGUGCAAGCUCAUCGUCGGCGAGAACGGCCAGACUCCUCUACUGGAUCAGGCGGUGCCUGUGAAGGAAGCUGAGGCGCAGGAGCCCCUAAAGCAGGAGGGCGAAGAGGUCAAACCCGAAGAGGCCAAGCCGCAAGAUGCAGCAAAAGAGCCCGUCAACAUCGGUGGUGUCAUCGUAGGAGCCCGCAAUGUCCUCUCCGGCGCCGACGAAGCAGGCAAACCACCUGCCAAGCUCUCUCCUCCACGAAGCUACUUCUCCAACACCGACACCGACGGCGAGCGCUUUAUCGAAGUCGUCGCCUCCGGUAAGAGCAAAGAAGACGGCGCCGAAGUCAAGCUCCUCAGCACCGAAGAACUAGAACGUCUCGACCUCAAGCCCUCCACCGUGAAGGACAUGACAGAGCGCAUGAAGAAGCUCGCAGGGAAGUACGGGUGGAAACUCGAGCUUGUUGAGCUUCCUGGUGGUGAAAAGGAGUUGAGGGGGUAUAUUGACGCAGAUGAGGAUGAGCUUGCGAAGAACAAGGCCAAGUUGAAGAAGGAGAAAGAAGCGCUGGAUAAGGCCAAGGCGGAUAAGAAGAAGGCUGGCAAGGAGGGUGGGGAGGAGACGGAGGGGAGUCAGGAGGAGUUCUUCAAGAAGAAAGAUGAAUUGUAA